CGAAACAAAAAAAAAGUUCUACCCCGUCAGCACGUGUGAGGUGGUGAUUCUCGGCGUUCGGGGUCAUCGUUACCGGUUCUUCCUGCUAAAAAACGGCCAUUUCCCGUUCUUCAGGGCGUCAUGGUGUUCUACGUCAUUGGUUUGGGGCUAGGUGACCCGAAGGAUAUCACCGUCAAAGGACUGGAAGUCGUGAAGCGAUGCGAACGGGUCUAUCUGGAAUCCUACACCUCGAUACUGACGUGUGGCCAGGAGAAGCUGGAAGAGUAUUAUGGCCGUUCGCUAAUUCUGGCAGAUCGGGAAUUGGUCGAGCAGGGUGCUGAUGAGAUACUGGCCGGAGCCGACAAGAAGGAGAUCGGAUUUCUGGUCGUUGGGGAUCCCUUCGGGGCCACAACCCACAGUGAUUUACUGCUGCGAGCCCGGGAGAAGAGAAUUCCCUUUCAGGUGAUUCAUAAUGCGUCGAUCAUGAAUGCCGUUGGAUGCUGCGGACUGCAGCUGUACCAUUUCGGGGAAACAGUAUCGAUUCCAUACUGGGACGAUACAUGGCAACCGGAUAGUUUCUACGACAAAAUUCAGGCUAAUUUGGACCACGGACUGCACACCCUCUGUCUGUUGGAUAUUCGGGUCCGUGAACCAACGAUCGAGUCUUUGAUGAAGAAAACGCGGGUUUAUCAGCCACCGCGAUUCAUGCGUUGCCACGAGGCGGCGGAUCAGUUGUUGCGUUUAAUCCACAAGCGGAAGCAUAACGGAGAAUCACAAAAACGGGGCGUCACCGAACGAACGGUGGUUGUUGGACUUGCUAGGGUUGGCCAUGACACGCAAAAGAUCAAGGUUUGCACCUUGAAAGAAAUGCGAAAAAGUGAUCUGGGCGGACCGUUGCACUCGUUGAUCAUUCCAGCAGAGGAAACACAUCCAAUGGAACAGGAAUACUUGCAGCAGUUCUGCGAAGAAGACGUCAAACAGCUGCAGAAGGCCGCAUUGGAUGUAUACUCGGGAAACAUCUUCAAACUAGAUACCACACUUGACGGAACAUCGACCAGUAACUCCAAUAAUUGAUGUAAUAUUACUUCAGGGAUAAUCGUUUAGCGAGAUUUUUUUUUGUUAUUGUUUUUAUUUUUCGACUUCUUUGUGGAGUCGCUUUAGAACCUUUGAAAAGACGCAUACAAUACAAAGCUUUUAAAAACGGAA